UGUUCCGUUUUUGUUCUCAAAAGUGAACACCGAUGGCGGCAGAUGAUGUUAACCAGCAGCCUGGUGAUGCUGAGCUUUGCAUGUUGUGCAAAGCCAGUUCAAAUCCCGGGGAGGAUAUCAUCCUUUGCAUCGUCUGCCAAACACCUUGGCACCAGUCUUGCCUCAUUUCCAGUCGUGAAUCCCAUUUCAUCUCCGAUGAUUACUUGGGUUGCCCCGAGUGUGAAAAUCGCAUCAAUGGAGAUGAUCUCGACACCUUGACCCCUACGAAUAACGCGGUUGCUGCUUCUUCCUUUUCCGCCGCUGACAAUUCCAUGGUCGCUAAGAUUCUGGCCAUUCAGGCUGACAAGUCACUGACGGAGGAGGAGAAGGCCAGGAAGAGGCAGGAGUUGCUUAGCGGGAGACCAGCUGUUGAAUCACCGGAACUGGAAGACAAGGACGACGGUGAAAAAAACAAGGGUAAGGUUGAGAAGUUCAAAGGGAAAGCAAAGACUACUGUGAAAGCGUCCAAGGUUUCUGAUGAGAGCUUUAACUGCACCAUUUGUUUAAACAUGCCCGAAAGACCUGUUACGACGCCGUGCGGGCACAAUUUCUGUUUGAAGUGUUUCAACCAAUCGGUUCGACAAGGGAAGCGAAAUUGUGCCUUGUGUCGUAAACCGAUACCUGCGGCGAUGGCAAAUCAACCUCGUAUCAACCUUACGCUUGUGUCUGCCAUCCGAAUGGCAAAGAUGUUGAAAUCGAGUGGUGCUGGUGAAGGGUCUUCACAGGUUUAUGAAUAUGUUCACAAUCAAGAUAGACCAGACAAGGCUUAUACUACGGAGAGGGCAAAAAGGAAAGGGAUGGCCAAUGCUGCAAGCGGUCGGAUCUUUGUCACGAUUCCAACAGAUCAUUUUGGUCCGAUACUGGCCGAAAAUGAACCGGUGAGGAACCGAGGAGUGCUUGUCGGAGACACUUGGGGGGGUAGGUUGGAAUGCAGGCAAUGGGGUGGUCACUUUCCUCCUAUUACAGGUAUUGCAGGCCAGCAAAAUCAUGGUGCACAGUCAGUCAUACUCUCUGGGGGUUACAAAGAUGAUGAGGAUCAUGGAGAAUGGUUCCUUUACACUGGAAGUGGAGGGAGAGAUCUGAGUGGGAACAAAAGGACCAAUAAGAUCCAGUCUUUUGAUCAAGAGUUUAAGAGUGCGAAUGAGGCGCUUCGUCUCAGUUGCAGAAAAGGUUACCCUCUUCGGGUUAUCAGGUGUGCCAAGGACAAACAUUCUUCAUAUGCUCCAGUAAAAGGGUUACGUUAUGAUGGGAUUUACAGGGUUGAAAAAUGCUGGCGAAAUGUUGGAGUUCAAGGCUUCAAGGUCUGCAGAUAUUUAAUGCUUAGGUGCGACAAUGCUCCAGCCCCAUGGACCAGUGACGUGCACGGCGACUGCCCCAGACCUUUGCCAGCAAUUAAAGAGCUUGAAAGGGCUUCCGAUAUAACGGAGAGAAAAGAAAGCCCGUCGUGGGACUUUGAUGAAGCUGAUGGGUGCUGGAAGUGGAUGAAACCACCACCAAUGAGCAGGAAAAAAGAAAAAAAAAAUGGCGAACCUUAUGCUGCUUCCAGGAAGAUUGUGAGGAGAACAGUAAAUAAAAAACCACUGAGUGAAGCGGCUAGAAAGAGGAUUCAAAAAGAAUUUGGUUGCAAAAUCUGUUCGGACGUGCUGUAUGAGCCAGUGACGACAGCUUGUGGUCAUAAUUUUUGCAAGCUUUGCUUAGUAGGUGUAUUUGCUGGGAGGUCAACUCUAAGGGAGAGAAAUGCAGGUGGUCGGAACCUCCGCUUUAAAAAAAAUGUCAUGAAAUGCCCAGCUUGCCCUAAUGAUUUAGCUGAUGAUUGGUACGACUUAGAGGUGAACAUAGAGCUGAAGAACCUGAUUGCGAAGCAGAUGAGAGAGUGUGAGAAUUUUAGCAGUGCCUUUGAGAAAAGAACCAUGGACGAAGAUUCGUCUGAAGAUUUGUCUGGCAACAGCGAUAAUGAGGAAGGUUCAGAGGAUGAUGAAGUGGAGCUCAAACCAGAAAAGCCUUCAAAGCAAAGGAAAACCAAUUGAAUGGUUACCGCCAUUCAAUUUUAUCAGCUAAUUUCCCAGUUUGAAGAACAUUUAUGUCGUACUUGUUAUAUUCAAAUUUUAUUCUACCUUGAAGCUUGGGAAAUAUUAAAGAUUAUGCUUCUUGGAUUUGAAAUAUUAAUUUGUGUUUGAUCAUGGGCCGAAAGGUCGAGGUAAUAUGUUGGAGAGGCUAUAGUUCGAGUUAUUCUCA